AUGUCCCACCGUAAAUUCGAGGCACCACGUCACGGUUCGCUGGCUUUCUUGCCACGCAAGAGAGCUGCCCGCCAUAGAGGAAAGGUCAAGUCCUUCCCAAAGGAUGACCCAAAGAAACCUGUCCAUCUCACUGCCACCCUCGGAUACAAGGCUGGUAUGACCACAAUCGUCCGCGAUCUUGACAGACCCGGAGCGAAAUCACACAAGAAGGAGGUUGUUGAGGCCGUUACUGUCAUUGAGACACCACCAGUGAUCGUUGUUGGUCUAGUUGGUUACAUCGAGACUCCACGUGGUCUGCGCUCCCUCACCACUGUUUGGGCUGAGCACUUGAGCGACGAGCUCAAGCGCCGAUUCUACAAGAACUGGUAUAAGUCCAAGAAGAAGGCCUUCACUAAGUACGCCAAGAAGUAUGCCAGCGGAAAGAACGAGAUCGACCGUGAGUUCGCUCGUAUCGCCAAGUACUGCUCCGUUGUCCGUGUUCUUGCCCACACCCAGAUCCGCCAAACUCCUUUGAAGCAAAAGAAGGCACACUUGAUGGAAAUCCAAGUCAACGGUGGUAGCGUUGAGGAUAAGGUCUCUUUCGCUAAGGGCCUUUUUGAGAAGCCAGUUGAGAUCAGCUCCAUCUUCGAGCAGGACGAGAUGAUCGAUGUCAUUGCUGUCACCAAGGGCCACGGAUUCUCUGGUGUCACCAGCAGAUGGGGUACCAAGAAGCUUCCGAGAAAAACACACAAGGGUCUCCGAAAGGUCGCCUGUAUUGGUGCAUGGCAUCCAUCUCACGUCCAAUGGACUGUUGCCCGUGCUGGUCAAGACGGAUACCAUCACCGUACAUCUGUUAACCACAAGAUCUACCGUGUCGGAAAGGGAACUGAUGAAGGUAACGCCACUACCGAAUUUGAUCACUCCAAGAAGCAGAUCACCCCUAUGGGUGGUUUCGUCCGUUAUGGAGAGGUUAAGAACGACUUCCUUAUCGUUAAGGGUUCCGUUCCUGGAGUCAAGAAGCGUGUCAUGACUCUCCGAAAGUCUAUGUUUGUUCACACCUCAAGAAAGGCUUUGGAGAAGGUUGACUUGAAAUGGAUUGAUACCUCCUCCAAGUUCGGUCACGGAGCUUACCAAACUCCAGCAGAGAAGCACCAAUUCUUGGGUACUCUCAAGAAAGACAUUGCUCCAGCUUCGUAG